AGACUUUCUAUGAUCAUGGGAGAGCAGAGAGAUGGAUACACCAUGUGUUUGUUUUCCUGCUUCAGAGAAAGAGAAAUAUUUCUGUUCUCAAUUGGCUUCCCAUACAUGGACCAAGCAAGAAGUGUAUAUUGUAAAGAGAGAGUGAGAAGAAGAAUUUAGAAAGCAAUGAUGAGUAAUUCAAAUGAAAUGGUGGUAUGCUUGUUCCUCUUGCCGUCCAUUUUAUUCCUAGCACAGCAUGGAGCAGGCCUUGAUCAUCAGUGCAGUACAUCGACAUGUGGGAUACAAGGCCCACCUGUCCGAUUUCCGUUCCGAAUCAAAGGGAGACAACCACCCCACUGUAGCUAUCCUGAAGUUGGGUUUGAUCUGCGGUGCUCGGAGAAGAACCAUACAGUUAUGGAGUUGCCAAAUUCAUGGAAGCUCUUGGUGCAAACAAUUGAUUACAAGUCUCAAGUGAUUUAUGCAAGUGAUUUUGAUAGAGUUUGUCUUCCAAAACGGCUUCUUCUUAGUUCCAAUCUCUCUGAUAUUUAUCCUUUCAGGUUGAUGGAUUACAUUUUUAGUUUUACCUUAUUUAAUUGUUCUUCAAAGAAAGGACAUUCGCUCCAGCCAAUCACUUGCCUAAGUAGUCUUCAUCAUUAUGUUUAUGCCAUUACUUCGCAAUCUUCUAUUCAAGACUUAGUGCUGCUGCUGUCUUGCUCCAAGCUACAAAACAUUUCAGUGGCUUCAGAAUAUAGUCUCUAUUCUCAGGAAAAUGUUCUUCAAUUCAGUUGGUACUAUCCGGAAUGUAGUUAUUGUGAAGAAAAAGGCAAGUACUGCAGAUUGAAGGGAUCUGAAACUGAAUGCUACGGCAUCAUCAAACCAGCUAAAGGGUCAGCAACAAAGUUCAUAACAACAGGUGCAGUUCUGGGUUCAAUUUUUCUUGUAGUAGCAGCGAUUCUACUCUACCGCAGGUAUAGGUUCAAUAGAACAGAAAGAGAAUAUCAGUCCAAGAUUGAAAAAUUUUUGGAGGACUACAAAGCUUUUAAGCCUACUAGAUAUUCCUAUGCCGACAUUAAGAGGAUGACGAACAAGUUCAAAGUUGAAUUGGGACAAGGAGCUUACGGAACUGUGUUCAGAGGAAAGCUAUCUAAUGAAAUUCUGGUAGCUGUUAAGGUCCUCAACAACUCCGAAGGAAAUGGAGAGGAGUUUGUCAAUGAAGUGGAAGCAAUAGGCAAAAUCCACCAUGUCAAUGUGAUCCGCUUGAUUGGAUUUUGUGCUGAUGGGUUUAGACGAGCUCUAGUAUAUGAAUAUUUGCCAAAUUCAUUACAAAAAUUCAUAUCUUCUGCCGACUCCAAGAGGCAUCUCCUUGGCUGGAAAAGGCUGCAAGAUAUUGUUCUUGGCAUAGCUAAAGGGAUUGAAUAUCUUCAUCAAGGAUGUGAACGGAGAAUCCUCCACUUUGAUAUUAAGCCCCAUAACAUCUUACUCGACCAUGAUUUCGCCCCGAAAAUCACCGAUUUUGGCCUGUCCAAGUUUUGUUCCAAGGAUCAAAUUGUUGUGUCCAUCAAAACAGCUAGAGGUACUGCUGGGUACAUGGCACCUGAACUAUUCUCAAGGAACUUUCAAAAUGUCUCCUACAAGUCAGAUGUUUAUAGUUUUGGAAUUGUAGUGUUAGAAAUGGUUGGAGGAAGGAAAAUUGCUCGUGUAACUGAGGAAAACGAUGAGCAAAUAUACUUCCCAAAAUGGAUUUAUAAUCUUUUGGAAAGAGGAGAAGACCUCAGAUUUGAGAUUGAGGAAGAGGGAGAUACUAAAAUUGCAAAGAAACUUGCAAUUGUGGGACUGCAAUGCAUUCAGUGGAACCCAGCAGAUCGACCCUCCAUGAAUGUUGUAGUUCGUAUAUUGGAAGGGGACGGAGAUAAUCUACCAAUACCUCCUAAUCCUUUUUGGUCUGCAGUUCCUGCAAGAAUGAAUUCAAAAAAAUCUCAAAGACGGCUUCAUCAAGAAUUGGAUGUCAUAUCAGAAACGGAGUAAUUAGAAAUCAAUGUGAUCUAUAAUUUGUUAAAAUGACAUUUUAAAUAUUUUUAUAGUAUUUAAUAAUUAAAAUUAAUUGAUGGACCAAUUAAUAAAU